UGUUACAGACGCGUGCAAUGGUGGAUGGGUUUAGUGUAGGCAUUGUCCUAAAAUAUAUGCAAUUAAGUAAUUAAUAAACAAUACCCGUGUUUUAAAUAACCCAUCAAUUCUCAUCAGCUCCAAGUAACAAUAGCCCGCCAGACUUCCAGUCCAUUUAAAUAAAUUUACAAAAUAUCAUCAUAACAGUGCGCGCGAAAAAUUCAGCCGAUUGUAUGUGUGUGUUUUGUGUCGAGUUUUCAUUACAACUCCGUCACUUUAACCUAAACAUUUUAAUUUGCCGAAAAAAAAAUUAUUAUCAUUAUUAUUGUUAAAAUAAUAAAUUUGAAUUAUUUUUUAUUUGCCGCGGGAAUUUGAAUUAUUUUAAAAAGGUAAAAUAAAAAAAUGAAUUUAAAAACAAUUGAAUAAAAAAAAGAGUGAAAGCCGACACAGAAGACAGUGUCAGCAACUGUCUUAGCAGUGCAGUAAACAUUACGCACUGAAAGUAACUUGCAGUGGUGUACGUAUACGUGUUGCACAUCAUCGUCGUGGUGUUUAGUCGUCUGUGUCGUGUUGUGUGUAGUUUUGUUACAAGGUCUGUCUUCUUUCUCGGCACACUACACCCGCGUAGCGGAAAGUCGAGAAAAGAUAUCAUAUAUGUAUAUAUAUGUAUACGUAUACAUAUAAUAUAGAUAUUGAAUAUAUAUAUGUAUACAUACAUUUAAAUAGGCGACGGACAAGAGGGCCCCCGCGAGGGUUGCGUUCACGGUAAAACCCGCGCGCGUAUUUAUCACGCUCUGAAUUAAAAUAAAAUAAAUAAACUCCAGGUGUUACUUUUGGUAUCCAAACAACGUGGAGGCAGUCGAUAGAUUUUGUUGAUCAGCAAAUGGACGUGUAAUGGUGGUCAGUAAUUGUUGGAGGCAGUAGCAGUGUAAUAUAACGUCGGGUGGCUGAAAACGCCGGGAAGGUUAGUUGGGAUAACCCGAGGCCAGGGCAGUAUAACAUCAGACUCUAGAUGGUGUGCAGUCGUUGAAAUUUUUAACUGGUAAUACGGUGUUAUGAAAAAAUGAUGUGAUCGACGGUCAUCAUGGCGGCACCCAUGUUAAAGUGGAAACGGAUCUCAAAUCCAAGCGGACCUCAACCAAGACCUCGUCAUGGACACCGUGCGGUUGCUAUCAAAGACCUCAUGGUGGUAUUUGGCGGAGGGAAUGAGGGUAUCGUCGAUGAACUUCAUGUUUACAAUACAGCAACAAAUCAAUGGUUUGUACCAUCAACAAAAGGAGACAUCCCACCGGGAUGUGCUGCCUACGGAUUCGUCGUGGAUGGCACGCGGAUCCUCGUCUUCGGAGGUAUGGUAGAGUACGGAAAGUACUCGAAUGAAUUGUACGAGCUGCAAGCAAGUCGGUGGGAGUGGAAGAGACUGAAACCAAAGUCCCCGAAAGAUGACUCGCCACCUUGUCCAAGACUCGGACACAGUUUUACGUUGAUCGGGAACAAAGUUUUCCUGUUCGGAGGUCUCGCUAACGACAGCGAUGACCCCAAAAAUAAUAUACCGAGGUACUUAAAUGACUUGUAUACUUUGGAGCUGCUACCGAAUGGACAGACUGCGUGGGAAGUCCCCAAGACAUAUGGGCCUUCUCCCCCACCGAGAGAGUCGCACACCGGAGUGGCUUACACUGAUCGCACCACAGGCAAAUCGUGCCUGGUAAUUUACGGAGGAAUGAGCGGAUGUCGUCUGGGUGACCUCUGGUUCCUGGAUGUCGACUCGAUGACCUGGAACAAGCCCAUCGUACAUGGGCCCACUCCGUUACCGCGAUCACUCCACACUGCCACUCUUAUCAACCACAAGAUGUACGUGUUUGGCGGUUGGGUGCCGCUCGUUGUCGACGAUGUUAAAGUUGCGACGCACGAGAAAGAGUGGAAGUGCACGAGUACUCUGGCCUGCUUAAAUCUAGAAACGCUGACUUGGGAGCAAUUAACCGUUGACUCGUCGGAAGAAAACGUUCCGCGAGCUCGAGCUGGACACUGUGCAGUUGGAAUCCACAGCAGACUUUACGUCUGGUCGGGCCGUGAUGGCUACCGCAAAGCAUGGAACAACCAGGUAUGCUGCAAAGACUUGUGGUUCUUGGAAGUCAGUAAACCUCCGGCACCAUCGCGAGUCCAGUUGGUGCGUGCGUCAACGAAUUCUCUGGAAGUAAACUGGACCCCGACGCCGUCAGCUCAAUAUUAUAUACUACAAAUACAGAAGUAUGAUAUGCCACCAGCUACUGGAUCAUUCCCAGCAGCAUCAACGCCGGCAGCAAUAACUCCAGCUCCAACGGCUGCCACUACUUCCGCGCCUCCUGCAACACCUGCAUCUACUGCAGUACCAGCUCCCGUUGCUGUGCAUACUCCCGCGCCUGUUUCAACUCCAAUUUUACCACCAGCACCGACUCCGGCUCCUGUGCCAGUCGCGGCACCUGUUUCUCAGCCACCACCGGUAGUGACACCAGUUCCCACUCCGGUUAUUCCAUCGCCAGUGGUCACCAGUGUGACUCCAGUGGUCGCGGCAGUGCCAACUCCUCGUCCUGCAGUCGUUCAGAGUCAAAUCCGUGUUCAGGCUCCAAUUCAAAGCGCAGCACCUCGACCCAUCACAACACCAAUUGUCAAAACGACAACUCCACUGAGUCCGCGAGUUGCUACGGGCAACGUCAUCAGAAUUCGAUCGCCUUUGGUCACUUCAGUGGCUGCUCCGGUUUUGCAAACUGUUGAUCAGACACCAGUUUCAAUUGUCACCACAACAGCUGGACAAUCGCCCGCGGCUAUGUCUGGUAUCGCUGCACUGGCCGCGGCCGCAGCAGCGACACCCAAAAUUAACAUGAACAAUGUAACAAGUAAUAUAGUUUCGCCAAAUCCUACAAACACGGUAAGAAUGAAGGCCAUGCAACCAGGUCAGCAGAUACGUUUUGCCGCUCCGGGGUCCACUGUCCUCCGUGCGGCCUCUCCGCAACACAGCAAGCAAAUAAUUCUCCAGAAAUCUGGUCAAAAUAUCGCCGGACAACCGCAGAUUGUCCAUUUAUUGAAAACUGCUGGAGGUGUAAUGACAACUGGACCCAAAGUUAAUUUAAUUCCUGGUAAAACUGUCCAGACCAUCGGUGGCAAAACCAUCAAUCAAGGUCCUACUAUCUUGCGACUCGUUAAUCCCAAUACUGUUGCUGGGUCCAAGAUCCUCACGUCUAUGAAAGGAUCUAAUUUAGUGACAAUGAGCAAGGGUCAGGGUAUAGCUGGCAAACAGACGAUCAUGAUCACUAAACCCGGUGGCAAUGGAGGUAUCGUUGGUAGAACAAAUCAAAUAAUUGUCGUUACAACGGGAUCCGGGUUGAGGACCGUUCAAGCUGUCACGACGUCACAAGCUGGUCAAGGUGGAACGAUAUCUACACCAAUGAAUGUCUUGCCGCUCUCGGCGGCUAAUCAUGUUACUAAUCAGCAGGGAGUGAAGAUGAUUGUUGUCUCUUCAGGUGCUAUGGUUGGAGGUACUGGUGGAAAACCCAUCACGAUAACAGUACCAGGACAUGGGGGUGUUCCAAAGACCGUGACAAUAACCAAAGGUGGUCAGCAAGCGAUAUUCAAUCCGGCCAAGACUCAGAUCGUCACGAGCUCGCAGUUCCAGAAAGCCCAAGAUGGUACAGGUAAACCAGUGACAUUACAGAUGUCUGGUGGCAUUGGUGGUAAAACAGUCACGCUGGUGCCAACUAGUAGUUCAAUUGUCAGUACUAUGGCUGCUGGUGAUGCAUUUGAUACGAGUAAAAUGCUUUUUGUACCGCAAAAGCAGCCGUCAGCGUCACUGGCAUCGACUUCUGAUGGCCCGGCGACGACUGAUGCGGCUCUGGCUGCUCUUGCUGCUGAAGCUGGACUGAUUGAUCCGGUUCAAGAGUCAUCAGGGCUUAAUUUUAUGGUGAACGAUGACGCGGGAGCUGAUGAGAAGGCCGAGGACAGUUGCAAUGGCAACGAAGCAACAACGACUGCUGCUUUGGUCUCACAGCUGACUGCUGGCGAGGCGAUGCAAGUUGACGGUGAUGGGAACUUUGUAAUUCCUCAGGUAGAUGGACCUGGUGAUAUUUUUUCAUCAGAUGACGAAGACACUCCGGAAGCUGAUGAGGAACCGGCAGUUGUGCAGUCUGCAGAUGCUGCUCCCUCGCCGCGACCUGAAGCUCAAGAAAGUCAAGAAAUGGAACAAGAUGUUGAUUCAGCUAUCACUGAAGAUGCGCCCCAAGUUGAAGAAGCAGCUGAAGCGAAAGAAGAGACAAGUGCGUCGGAAAAAAAUCCUGACACUGAACAAGAAGAAACAGAUGCUGCUUCUGCCAGUGAGACACCAAUGGAAGCAAGUGAACCUGACUUACCUUCUGAAAGUGACAUGCAGAUUGUCAGCAAUGCGCCUUCCGAGUCAUCACUUAAGUCUGAGCUGUCCGAAUCCACUCAACCAGCUGAGUCGAUAGAGGGAGCUGUAAAAAAUGAAUCUGCUGAUGAUAAACUUGAAGCUGAGGCUGAAGACAAGCACAAUCUUGAUGACCCAGAGACUCCACAAGAGUCGGAUAGUAAAUCUGAUACUCUUGCCACAGCAGUAGCAGCAGCCACAGCCGUCUCAGGAACUGAUGAAAAAGAAAAAGGCAAUGACUCUGAUGGUGAUAACGAAUUCGAGAAUCUCAAUGCCGCGAUACAGCAAGAAAUGAACAAAGCUAUGGACACUGAGAGUUCAUUGAUGUCUGUUAAGUCUGAACCAGAAGUUCCAAUGGACAUUGAUGAACCCACCAUUAAAGUCGAGCCUGAAGCAACCCCAGCUCCAGUAACUGCUGUCCCAUCACCAGUAGCAUCAGUCGCUUCACCAAUUGCUGCUGCUCCAUCACCACCAGCUCCAGUUUCGUCAUCACCAGCUCCAGUUCCAUCACCACCAGCUCCGGCAGUGCCACCAUUAGCUCCGGUAGCAUCACCGUUGGCUUCAGUAGCGUCACCGCCUGCUCCAGCAGCGUCACCUUUGGCUCCAGUAGCAUCACCGUCUGCUCCAGCAGCGUCGCCGUUAGCUCCAGUAGCGUCACCACUGGCUUCAGUUGCGUCACCAGCUGCUGCAGUUGCGUCACCGUUAGCUCCAGUUGCAUCACCAGUAGCUGCAGUUGCAUCACCAUCACCAGCAGCUCGAGUCGCGUCUCCCGUAGCUCCAGUACCAUCACCAGUAGCCCCAGUUGCUUCCCCCGUGGCUCCGGUACCAUCACCAGUAGUCGCAGCUGCAUCACCGAUACCUUCACCUUCACCAGUGAGGCAAAUAAAAUCCGAAGCUAUCGAACAGCCCGCAAAAGAACAAACUCCGCCUCCAGUUACUGCCGUAACAAACGGGCGUGCAGCUGAGCCAGAAGCUAAUGAAUUACCACACAAACUAAACGCCACAAGUCCAAUUGAUCCUAUUCCUGUAGCAGCAAUAAAACAGGAAGCGUUUGUUAAAAAGGAAGCACCUAAAGUUGAAAAAGAAAACAACUCAAGGGAAGCUGAUGACUCGACAGCACUGACGACUCUUGCAACCGCAGCACUAGGAUCAGCAGAGCAACCUGUAAAAGUAAAAGCAGAACUUACCGAAGAAGAAAAGAAGGACUUGGACUGGUACGAUGUUGGUGUAAUAAAAGGCACUACCUUCGUCGUGCAAAAUUAUUAUCUACCUGGUGAUCAACCACUCGACAUGUCGUUACCCCUCGCGGAUAUUUUCAAAGACAGGAUCAAAGUAAACUUGGAGUCUGGUACUGCGUAUAAGUUCCGCGUCGCUGCGGUCAACAGCUGCGGGAGGAGUCCCUGGAGUGAGGUAUCUGCAUUCAAAACGUGCCUGCCGGGUUACCCGGGCGCCCCAAGCGCGAUAAAGAUUUCAAAGUCCGCGGAAGGUGCUCAGCUCUCUUGGGAGCCCCCUCCCAGCAACCUCGGGCCCAUCCUCGAGUACUCGGUCUACCUGGCGGUCAGAAGUGCCAGCGCAGUGUCGAACAAUGCAGGCGAGGCUUCCACCGUAUCGACAACGGCGAACCAGUUGGCCUUCAUUCGCGUCUACUGCGGACCCACCAAUUCCUGUUCAGUCCCCAACAGUUCCCUGAGCGCCGCUCACAUGGACGUCACAACCAAACCCGCAAUUAUAUUCAGAAUAGCUGCGAGAAAUGACAAAGGAUACGGACCAGCUACUCAAGUCAGGUGGCUCCAAGAUCCCGCGACGGCGGUUAAAAGUAAUCCACAAAUUAAGAGACAAGUAGGUAGUGAUGCCCGUUCAGUAGCUAAUUCUCCAUUGAAAAAAUUAAAGCAAGAUGACAAUUACUCGUGAGUCUGUUCUUUCACUAAGUACGACAAUGUGGGAUCAUCCACUCACACUAGGCCCAUUUAAUUAACAAAUAUAAAUAAAAAUAUGACCCCCAUACUGAAAAUGAUUAAUUUCCGGUCAUACUUCCAAUGACGAGUAAUCGCGUAAACAAUUAAAUGUGAUUAAAUUAAUGAAACUUUAAUUCGAUAGACGUAUGGUGAGGUGACUUGAGUAAUUAAUUAUUAUUAAUAAAAUAAUGAGGUACACCUUCGUGUUCGUCUUGCAUUACUUGGUCUCAGCCUCAAUAUUUUUUCUCCAUUUUAUUUAACAAUUUUUUUUUUACUCCGUUAAAACUUUUCCAAUGCAUAUCGUUAACCAGCGUUAUUUCUUUGACAAUUAAUCAGUUACUAGUUUAUUUUAAUGUUCGCGCCAUUUUUUUAUUUUUUCUUUCGUUAAUUAAUUAAUUAAUUUUUUUUUUUAUUCGGGGGAUUAUUGGAUAAUUUUUAAAAUAUUCAUCUUUGUUUUUUUAAUGAAUUUAUAUUUAAAUGAAUCUAACAAUGGGUCGAUUAUUUGUGGAUAUUUAAUUAACAUGCAAUGAGCUCGUACUCACUGGUAAUUUGUGACAGAUGCAAUGACGGUGCUAUCGUUUCGAUAAAAUCGUACUCGUUUUAUAAACGAGCAAUAGUAAAAAAAAAAAAAAAUAAUAAAAUAAAAUAAAUACUAACAAACAUCAUGUAGGAAAUAAAAUAAAAUAAAUAACAAUGAAGUUAAAAUAGUAACGAUUAACAUUUAGAAAGAAAAAAGAAGUGAAAAAAAAUGGUAACAAGACGUUGUGGCGUUAUUUUUGUACCGACUCCAUACAUUACAAUCCCAAUUGAUCAAAGCACUUUAAGCUAAAAAAUAAAAGUAAAUAAAAUAAACCAAUUAAACAAUAACACAAAUCAAUGACUAAUAUAAUCACGUAACACCAGAAAAUAAAUAUAAUAAUUAUAAUGAAUGCAGAAUUAAUAUCAAUGUAUGUAAGAAUUAUUUUAUUAUUAUUAUUAAUUAAUAAAUUAAUUAAUGAAUGAAUUAAUAUUAUUAUUAUUAUUUUUUGUCGGUGGUUAUGUAAAAUAAUCUGUAAAGUUCUAUGUAUUUUAUGUAGCGCCGACCUAUCGAAAUUUUAAUUUUCACAAAUAAACAAAUUAUUAUUAUUAAUUAAUUAAUUAAUUAUUAUUAUUUUUAUUUUUAUUGAUAACGUACGAUCUAGAGUUUUAAAAACUUAAAUAUGACAGCGUGAUUAGUCCGUCGAUUAUAACUUAAGCGAGUGGGAAAAAAGCAUAAUAAUAAAUAAAAUAAAAAAGGUCUAAAUGAUUAAUUUUUAUUCUUCCAGCGAUAAUUUAAUUAAUUUUAUAUUUUAUUUAAGUUUGUUUGGUUUUUUUGCCGUGUAAUUAACUUCCAUUGCACAAUUAUGCAUGAGACUGAAAGUAGCCGACGUCUAAUCAUUUUUUUAUUUUAUUUAGGCGGUAAACUAAAAAAAAAACUAUUUGAAAAAAUUGCACGUGUAGGAAAUUUAAAAAACUAUAAGAACUAUUUUUCAAAAUAUUUUUUUUUUUUUAUAAUUUAUCGUUUUGAAUCAAUUCCAAAAAUUAUUAAACGUUGGCUAACUUCAGUAUCAUAAGUAAGCAAUUACUUACGGGAAAUUUUUUUUAUUUGGGUCAGCACAUCACGAAAUAAUAACCAGCUCAACUUAUUAUCAAACGAAUCAUUACGCUAAAGUGAUAAAAUAGUUUAAAUAAAUAUUAUUUAUGGGUAAAAUGGCCUUAUGCUAAUUACUAUUAUUAUUACAAUUAAUGUACACCAGAAUCUGUGGGGUUUAAAGUGCCUAGGACAUUUAAUGAUUUUUAAAAAUUCAUCUAGAAAUUACUCCUUUUUUUUUAUUUCGUAAACUGUUUACUUCGACAAUUUUCUUUUUAUUUAAAAAAAAAUGCUGGUUGGAGAAUAUUUUAAAAUAAAAUGAAUAAUUUUGAUAAUUACGCUCGGAAUUUUAUUUAUAUUUAUAUUUAUAUAUAUUUGUAUCGCGUAAUUAAAUGUGUGAUUAUAUAAAACCAAGUGUGUCCACAGAGUGUUAAUGAGAGUAUUUGAUAACUGUAAUAAAUAAGUAUAAGAUUUUUAAAUUGGAACAAAGUUUAAAUAAAAAUAAAUUAUAAGAUUGCAGAGAGCGAAAAAAAACUUUCCUAUAAAUUUAUCGCUUGGUAAAAUCAAAACUUCAAUUUUUAAUACGAGCGUUAAUUUAUUGGGAUUGUUUUGUCUGCAAUUAUAAUAAUAUUUAGUAUAAGAUUUUAAUUAAUAAUAAUAAUAAUAAUAAUAAAAAUAAUUAUGCUUGAAUAAAUUUCAGUAGUUCUUCAUAAUAAUGGAGAUAGACUGACUCUAUAUUGCUAGGAACUGAAUUUUGUAUAUAAAAGAAGAGUUUAAUUAUUAAUUACUCGUGUCUAACACGUCGAUAGAUUAUUUUUUACAAUCUAUCUUUUUUUUUUGUAUAAAAAAAAAAAAAAAAAGAAAAAAAGUAUGAGUAAUUUAGUGAUAAAAAAAAAAAUGUGAAUGGAAAGAAAAUAAUUGAAAUUUAUAAUUAAAAGUAACAAAAAAUCUCGAUGGACACAACUUGUAUAUUUAAAAUUAUCUAAAGGCUACUGAUAAAAAUAUAAAUUUAAAAUAAUAAUUAUAAUAUUUAAUUAAUAAUUAUAAUUAAUGCGUGAGCGCGUGUUUGUGUAAAUUUCGAUCGGUUUUCACAACUGAUUUAUUUUCUGGAUAAUAAGAGUUUGAUAAUUAAAUACUAAAUACUUUAUUUGAUUUUAUGAGUGACAAGUUUUAGUUUUAUUUUUAUUAUUUCAAUGUCACAACGCAUAUUAAUUAUUUACAUACUAAGAUUUAAAUUCAUUUGUUUCCUUGGAUGCAGGCGGUGGCGAUUAUUUAUAAGAUUUAUUUUAUGCUGAUUAAAAUAAAAUAUAUAUAUAUAUAUAUAAAUAAAUAUAUAAUAAUGAUAAUAUAAAUAUGCAUAUAGAUGAAAUGAAUUGAUGAAAUAAAAAAGCAUUUCCCUCGGUUAAGUUAUAGUGGCUCACACUUUUCACCAUCGACAGUAAAUUUAAAAAAAAAAACAAAAAAAAAUAAUAAUUAUAGAUUCUCUUCUAUUAUACAGCGUUAAGUAAAUACAUUAUAUAAAUAUUAAUAAAUAUAUAUUAUAUAAUAAAGAUUAAAAAAUAAAUGUCAAUUUUUAAUUGAAA